ACGUGGACCGAAGAUUCAACGCCCAUUUAUCUCCAUCUCGAUCUGUUCUCGAUAGUCCUCCCGGCUUGACACCGCUGAAACUGGAAAGCGAGUCUAGGGUACCUCUCGAGGCGUCGUUGUUUCUAGGAGUGGCAGUUGUGCUUCACGACAACGAAAAGCAAUAACUUACUUUCACGGUUUCCCAUGAUAUAUAGGGUCUCGGGUCAAGGCGGCAUUAUCCGCAGAUCCAACCACUUCCAAAGCAAAACUAGCGGCUGUACCUCAACCAUGGAUCCAACUCCUCCUCCACAAGGUUCCCCCGCGAGCAGUACUACCUUGACAGACGGCUUCUUCCACUGUCCUUCUCAGGGACAAUAUCCUGCAGUUUCCCUUGAACAGCAGUGGCCGCGCCACAUAGUCGACUCACCAGUACCCUUGGAUAUCGAUCUCGGUUUCGACGAUUUCCAAAACUUCGCACAGCACCCGAAUUUAGUCAAUUCCGAUCCAAACGAAUUCUCAUGGCAACAGUCACAGCAGUUUUCUGGGUAUCUGCUCGAAGGUGCGGGCGAUGAGUACUCGGUCUCGUGUAGCAACAACAAUCGAACGGACGAAGACCCAUGGACACCACUUCAUGCGCUCGGUCUCAUGAACUUCCAGGUACCGAUGGGGUUCUCCGGGUUUGCGCUGGAUAUGAUGCCUUUCCAUGGGGGAGAUCCAUCAAACGACGCCUGGAAUAACACGAACAUGGAGGCCGCGUGUUAUCAGGACUGCAACACAACUGUAACACUCAUGCCGCUAUCCGCCUCCAACCUUUCGAGUGGAAAUACCUUACCGUCCCCUCUUACGCCAUCACCGGGGGUCAGCUUCAUGGCCGAGCCAGAAUCCGUGGAGAUCUCUAGGUUCAUCCCGCCCUCGGAAUCCCCAGAGGCCGAAACCAAAGCCACACUGGUUUCGCGGCGCAGAAGACAACCAACGUUCCCCAGGGUGAUCGGGGGCCGAGUUCACAAGAAACCUCUCCCAAAGUACAAAGAGGGGCAGGUAAUGUUCGACUCCAUCGAGGGAAGAAAUUCCGGGAAUCCUCGUGCACCGUUUCAGCCCGAAAGACGCAAGGAAGUGGCAGCAGUCAGGGCUCGGGGGGCUUGCUUUAGGUGUAGGAUGUCCAAGAGAAAGUGCGAUCUCCAACUCCCUUGUAGCAAUUGUACGAGCUCUUCCAAAUGCGCCGGUUUGGAAUUCAGUGUUAUUCCGUCAAUGCCCUGCUUUCAGCUUGAUUUGAACGGGUGUAGAUUCUUCAGAACCAAAUCCGCAGCAUGGACCAAACCAUUGCGGGAGAAAAUGGUGUGGCGGUCAACCAGUCAAGUCCACCUACAGGUCCAAUGCAUAUACCGCAACGGCCGAGGCCCUCGGUUUACAAUUCCAUGUCGGGAGUUCAAGCAGGAGGAAACAGACAUCGUCACUAGGAAGUGGGGCCGUGAAGACCACCAGAUCCUGCGAAUUCCGACCUUUUGUGCUGCAAACUUGAGUGUUCUCCGACGACAGAUGCCGGAUAUGGUCGAUGAAUACCAUCGGGCCGCCAUAGCGGAGGCGGUUGAUAUGCCGAGGGUGAUGGUCGAGACGUUCAAGAUCGCGACUGCACGCCAGGAUCGAGAACCUCUAUUGAAGGCCGCGCUACAAAUUUGGGCUGGAAGUCACUUCAUAGCAGCGUCCCGAUCACUCAGGGGCGAGCAUACUCUAAACAUAACUCCGCUCGUCGGAGACGAUAGCGCGCAUGACCACGGGAACAUACCUAUUCCGCCGAUGCUGGACUAUCAAUUGGACACGGUAGCGAUCAAGUGGAUGCGAGAAACGAUGAAGAACAUGCUCAAGGAGCUCUGGGAAGUCCUGAAAUGCCACUCGGCGGAAUCGUGGUUCGACGUGUUCCUCGUGAUAUUUAUCCUGCUCAACAAUCUGGAAUAUGUUUACGAAGCGCAACUAGAAUACGCGCAGCAGCAUGGUUCCGCCCGCGCCGAUCACGACAAGCGUUCCGAUGCAAGAUCAAGGAGCAGUCGGAGGAGAUGUUGACACCAUGGGAGGAGACGGCGGGAUACCUGAUUAAGGUCUUCAGGCACCAUAUCAAACGGUGCGCUCUAUCGGAAGCGCCGCUGUUCUCGGAAGAAUACUUUUCCACCGCCUCGCAAGUCGCGGGGCUCGACGAACCAGCGAAAGAUUACCUGGCCUAUCUGAUCGGUUGGAGCAAGGAAGUCGGGAAGGAACGCUCUUCGGGAAAGAGGGGUGGCUUCUGUUUUCAGACAAAGUGGUGCCGGGAGCUGGUUCUGGACAGAGAACUAUGACGCCGAACUUCACAGACAGCGGACAACUAUCCUGUCUACUCUAACUUACUACCCACACUAUGAGAUGGAGAGAAUUGAGUUCAUUGACAAUCUCUUACUUACAUCUGCCACGUCCG